CGCGGGCCCUGGGGUGGAGCGCGGGCCUUGCGGCGGGGCCACGCCUCCCUAAGAGCGGGCGCGGAGGCUCGGGAGGGGCGGAGCGUUGCUCCCUGAGAAGGCGCGCCGAGCGCGGGGCGGGGCGGGGCCGGCGGCGCGUACUUAGGGAGCUCCAUCAGGCGCGGACGUAGCGCCAUGGCUCUGAGGCGCGUCGUUUCCGCGCUGCGCUGCGGCAGCCCCCGCCUAGCCCCACUGUCUACGGCGCCGGCGACCCGCGAGCAGCCUGCGGAGGACACGGGGGCCGCUCCGGGGUGCGGGGCGGCAGAGGCCAUGCGACCGCCGGUGCCCGCCGUGGACUUCGGCAACACGCGGGAGGCGUACCGCAGCCGGCGCAGCUGGGAGCUGGCGCGCAGCCUGCUGGUGUUGCGCCUGUGCGCCUCGCCCGCGCUGCUGGCGCGCCACGAGCAGCUGCUCCAUCAUGCCAGGAGACUUCUGGGGCAAAGGCUAUUUGACAAGUUGAUGAAGAUGACCUUCUACGGGCAGUUUGUGGCCGGUGAGGACCAGGAGUCCAUCUGGCCCCUGAUCCAGCACAACAGGGCCUUCGGUGUGGGUUCCAUCCUGGACUAUGGAGUGGAGGAGGACCUCAGCCUGGGGGAGGCUGAACGCAAAGAGAUGGAGUCCUGUACCUCAGCAGGGGAGCGAGAGGGCAGCGGUACAAGUAAGAGGGAGAAGCAGUACCAGGCCCACCAGGCCUUUGGAGACCGCCGGGACGGUGUCAUCAGUGCCCGCACCUUCUUCUACACCAGUGAAGCCAAGUGUGACAGCCACAUGGAGACGUUCCUGCGCUGCAUUGAGGCUUCAGGUGGAGCCAGCGACGAUGGCUUCUCAGCCAUUAAGCUAACUUCACUAGGGAGACCCCAGUUUCUGCUGCAGUUCUCAGAUGUGCUGACCAGGUGGAGGCGGUUCUUCCACCAAAUGGCUGCAGAGCAAGGGAAGGCUGGGCUGGCUGCCAUGGACACAAAGCUGGAGGUGGCGGUGCUGCAGGAAAGCGUGGCGAAGAUGGGCAUUGCUUCCAGGACAGAGAUUGAGAACUGGUUCACCACAGAGACCCUGGGCGUGUCUGGCACUCUGGACCUGCUACACUGGGGCAGCCUUGUUGACAGUAGGACCAAACUCUCCAAGCACCUGGUGGUCCCUAACGCACAGACAGGACAGCUGGAGCCUCUGCUGUCACGGUUCACAGAAGAGGAGGAGCUGCAGAUGACCAGGAUGCUGCAGAGGAUGGACGUCCUAGCCAAGAAAGCCAGCGAGGUGGGCGUGCGGCUGAUGGUGGAUGCUGAGCAGACCUACUUCCAGCCGGCCAUUAGCCGCCUGACGCUGGAAAUGCAGCGCAAGUUCAACGUGGAGAAGCCACUCAUCUUCAACACCUACCAGUGCUACCUCAAGGAUGCCUACGACAACGUCACCUUGGAUGCGGAGCUGGCUCGCCGUGAGGGCUGGUGUUUUGGGGCCAAGCUGGUACGGGGCGCGUACAUGGCCCAGGAACGUGCCCGUGCUGCAGAAAUUGGCUAUGAGGACCCCAUCAACCCCACAUACGAGGCCACCAAUGCCAUGUACCACAGGUGCCUCAGCCACAUCCUGGAGGAGCUGAAGCGCGACACCAAGGCUGAGGUGAUGGUGGCCUCCCACAACGAGGACACGGUGCGCUUCACACUCCGCAGGAUGGAGGAGCUGGGCCUGCACCCCGCCGGCCGCCAGGUGUACUUUGGACAGCUGCUGGGCAUGUGCGACCAUAUCAGCUUCCCACUGGAUUCCCGGCCAGCGCCCAGAGGCCACUGGGUGAGCAAGCAGACAGGAGGAGAGAGCUGUGCCCACUGCUGCUGCGGGGCGGAGGGGCCUGGCCUUGGUAACGACAAGGAAAGCAACUGCAGCCAGUCACCGUCCUGCUGGGUCCCAGAGAGGAAAGGCCCAAAGUCACAGGGCGCUAGCCCACCGCUGGCACCGCCUGCCCGAACCUUCUGAAGGAGAAGUAGCAAAACGUUUAAGGGGUCAUGGAAACCUCCCCACUAAAAGGAACCAGGGCUCUGUGGAGAAACAGGUGGUUCCCUCCUUAAAAAGGUACCCUGAGUGCUAUACCCCACAAAGUGCUAACUUGUGUGGAGACAGAGAUCCCCAAAACAAAAGCACAUGCUCCUCCCUGACCGUGGGAGCACAGCUGCCUGGUCACCUGAAUUUGGCAGAGACUCAAAUCAAAGGUAGGAGGAGCAGGAGAGCUUCCCGGUGGCCAGAGAGUAAGGGCUGUCCUGAUGAGAGGCUGCUGGCCUCGGGAUGCUGGGGGUGGGCUGAGUGAGGGUGCUGAGGCAGGCAGAGAACAUGGAAGUCUGCACAUGGCACAUGGAAGUGCUCAAAGAACGAUGGGGACACAUCAAAAUGACCCAAGUUCUCCCAAUGGCCAAGUGUGACACAAUUUGAACACUAACAAUCAUGAGCUAUGUACUUUGGAUCUGUGACUAUGCAUUUUAUACCUCAAAAAAAAAAAGUUUACAAAGACAACCAUCCAGAUAUUUAGGGAAUAAGUAAGAUCAAUUCUACACAAACUCUUCUGGAAAACUGAAGAGAAGAACACUUCCCAACUCAUCCUACAAGGACAGCAUUGCCCCGACACCCAAACCAGAUGAAGAAAACUACAGACCAAUGUCUGUCAUGAACACAGAGGCAAAAAUUCUUACCAAGAUUUUAGCAAAUCAAAUCUGACAUACACAAGGAUGAUCUAUCUUGGCCAAGUAGGAUUUAUAUCAGGAAUUAAAAAAUCUAUAUAACUCACCACAGUAACAGAAUUCUAAGCCACAUGAUCACCUCAAUAGAUGGAGAAAAAGGAUUUGACAAAACCCAACAUCCAUUCCUUAGAGAAACACACUAAUCCUGCAGCACAUGUACACUGCCUGCCCCCACAGGGAAGGGGCUUUGCAUCACUAGUAGGAAUUUCUGCCACAAAUGUUUAACCUGCAUAUCAUCAGGCCCCUCCUUGCUGUUUGCAGGGAACAGAGGGUGGAGAAACAGGUUAAAUGACAUGACGAGGAAGCGAUCUGACAGGUCCAGAGUGAGAACAUUCUACAGCUUGAAGAACGCCCUUGGACUCUUCAAAAAGCCAAUGUUGCAAUAAAUGCUGGGGGCUCUUCAGAAGCAGAGAGACCAAAGUAACCAAUUGCAAUGCAGGAACCUACGCCAGGUUUUCAUAAAGUGACAAUUUGCAACAAGUUGUGAUGUGAUUUGUGGUCUGAAGGUCAGAAGACACUCUGGAAUGAGUAAUUUCUCAGGAGGCUGUCCAGUGUGGUUAGUAGGAGUGUGUUCUUGUUUCUGGAACACUGGUUCUUAACCCUGGGCCAAGGCUGACCCCUAAGAUGUCUGGAGACAUUUUGGUUUCAUGACCGGGAAAGGGAGCCACUGUCAUCUAACAGGGAGAAGUCAGGGAAGGUGCUGAACACCCUGCAAGGCACAGGACACUGCCUCACCGUUAAGAUGUGUCCUGCCACAAAUGUCAACAGUGCUGCAGUUGAAAACUCUCGUCUAGAAGAAUGCUGAAGACUAAGGGCGAAACCCUAUGAUGCUGCGUGUACUAUAGAGAACUUUGGCAAAAUGUUAAUCAUUGAAUCUAUCUGGACGGCAUAUGGGUAUUCAUUAUACUCCUCUUUCAACUUA